GGAUUCGAUGUCGGAUUCGGAUUUCGCUUAAAAACUCCGACAUGGUUCGGUUUUGUCACUAAAAAAUUUUGAUAUGUUUUAUAAAGUGUAGUAACAUAAUCCUUGAUCUGUUAAAGUGGAUUUCCAGCGGACUUGUUAUAAUAAGUCCGAUGUCCGAAAUUUUCAAAAGAAGAGUAAGCCACAACCGCCGAAUGCUAUAAAAGGAACAAGAAAAAUCAACAUGAUGCUUUCAGUCCUUUCCGGCAUAUAUAAUAUUAUCUAUCCUUUUAUUGAUAAGUUUAUUACGCGCCAAACGAUAGAUUAUAAACGGUUUAUAACCUGUCAAUAAAACAUGAGUAGAACCCAUCUUAACAAUGAAGAUCUUUUUGGUUACAUACCUAAUGCUACGUGGGCAAAAGCAGCCACAGGUUUACUUUGCGUUGCUUGUUUACUACAUAUAGCAGCGUUUAUAAAGUCGCCAAAAUCCGUUGCUUGGGUAGUAAUAAUUGGAACACUUGGAGAAAUUGGAGGUUGGCUAUGCAGACUAUACGCUAAUUAUCGUGUACAAACAGCUACAUUUUUCAUUUUCCAAUUCCUUGUUUUGUUGGUGGCGCCUAUCUUUUAUUCAGCCGUGUUGUAUGUCUUGCUAUAUCGGUGGUCACUUCAUUAUGGUCCUCAAUUUUCAUUACUUCGACCAAAGUAUUAUGUAGCUAUAUUUGUCACUGCAGACGUUAUAGCUUUCAUAGUACAAAUAGCUGGCGGAGGUUUGUCAAAUAAUGAUACAAACCCAAAACUAGGGUUUUAUAUUGCUUUGGCCGGUGUCAUUUUUCAGCUUGUAUGCACUGUCUUAUUUUGUGUUUUGCAAUUGAUAUUUGUAAUUAGUGUGAUUCGAGUAAGACCUGUACGCGUUGUACCAGGUUCAUAUGCAUUAUACUCACCAAGGACGAAAUUAAGGGACUUGUCAUUUUUAUGUCUAACUAUCUCAACAAUUGCGGUUCUAGUCCGUAUUAUUUACCGAACCGCCGAGUUUGCAGACAACGAUAAAUUUAAAGGCUCUGAAUUAUGGUUUGAUAUACUUGACUUUGUGCCAAUGUUUAUUACUGCAUUGUUUUUGGCUCCAGCGCUUUAUCCUAGCAUUUACAAACCAGUAAAUUCUGGCGCACCGGAAAGACUCUAUUCUCACAGCAGUCAGGAUUUGUCAAUGGAUGAAGAAAGAAGUAUUUUGAAAUAAAGCUUUUUAUAUUAUGUUUAUGAUAUCAUACACUUUUGUUGCAAUGAAUGCCAUUAUACCCUAAAUUUGCAUUACUUUAAGGUGGACGAGCGGAGUGAGCUUAUUUACAUAUUUUAUUCAAGUACUUUAUAGCAUAUCUACAAAAAAGAAAAGAAAAUAUAAUUAUUGUUAGAAUCGUCGCAAAA